AUGUCGUCGCUACUACAAGCACUACUAGUCAUCCUCUUCGCUCCAUAUUCUCGUUCAGCAGGACGAUGCGAUCUCAGUAGACCACCAAAAUCAUGGGCAGUUACGAAAGGUAUCGGAAUACAGAAAUGGGCCACCGCUGGAGUUCCGAGCACUGGAAAAGAGUUUUGUGUGACGAAGGAUUGGAGUACUGGAAUUGUUGAGGUCGAUUACCAUAUUGACCUUUCGCAUUUCGACGAAGUAAAAAGGACAAAAUAUCAACUAACUAAGAAGCUCUGGGACAAUCCUAACAAUAAGUGCGUCAUCGACGAUCCUCGCAUAAAGGUUUGCUUCCCGUUAUGCAAACCUGAAUGGCAGAAAAAGGUCGUGGAAGCAGCCUUAUCAUCUGGUGCCGUUGCUAAGGUGGCAAAAGCCGUUGAGGAGUCACUACAACUCGAAGGAUGGGGAAUCACUGUUCUUCAAGUCGACUACACAAACCCAAAGACGAAACUGAACGCCAGCAUUUUCAAUGACUUUACGACAUGGUGCAGUGUCUAUGUGGGAAUGGAUCCCACACUAGGAUUCCCGUACCUUUACCAAAUUCAAGUCGGGAAGUUGCUGGAAGAGUAUGAGUCGGAAAGCAAGAAAACCUAA